CGGCGGUGUCCAUGCGGGCUCUACGGGUAGCAGUUGUGAACCGGGUAACCGCCGCGGGUUCUGGGAGACGACGGCAGGCUUUGGGGGCUCCGAGAGGAAGCUGUGCGUGAUUGGAAUAUUUGUCAGUUGAUAAACAGUAACCAUGGAGACUAAGGAUCAGAAGAAGCAUAGGAAGAAACACAGUGGACCCAAGGCUGAGAAGAAAAAGAAACGCCAUCUGCAGGAUCUCCAACUUGGAGAUGAAGAAGAUGCUCGGAAAAGGAACCCUAAAGCUUUUGCAGUUCAGUCUGCUGUGCGUAUGGCUCGAUCCUUUCACAGGACUCAGGAUUUAAAAACAAAAAAGCAUCACAUUCCAGUGGUUGAUCGAACACCCCUGGAGCCCCCACCCAUCGUGGUAGUGGUGAUGGGGCCCCCAAAAGUUGGAAAGAGUACUUUGAUACAGUGCCUCAUCCGGAAUUUCACCAGACAGAAGCUGACAGAGAUCAGAGGCCCUGUGACAAUUGUGUCAGGUAAGAAGCGCAGACUCACCUUUAUUGAAUGUGGGUGUGACAUUAAUAUGAUGAUUGAUCUGGCUAAAGUAGCAGAUCUGGUACUGAUGCUCAUAGAUGCCAGCUUUGGGUUUGAAAUGGAAACAUUUGAGUUUCUAAAUAUCUGUCAAGUACAUGGCUUUCCUAAAAUUAUGGGAGUUCUCACUCACCUAGACUCUUUCAAGCAUAAUAAACAACUGAAGAAGACAAAAAAACGGUUAAAACACAGGUUUUGGACAGAAGUCUACCCGGGUGCCAAGCUGUUUUAUCUUUCUGGGAUGGUCCAUGGAGAGUAUCAGAAUCAAGAGAUUCACAAUCUGGGUCGCUUCAUUACAGUUAUGAAGUUCAGGCCUCUCAUGUGGCAAACCUCUCACCCUUAUGUCCUGGCAGACAGGAUGGAAGAUUUGACAAACCCUGAGGAUAUCCGGAAAAAUGUAAAGUGUGAUAGAAAAGUAUCUAUUUAUGGUUAUUUAAGAGGUGCACACUUGAAAAAUAAAAGCCAGAUUCACAUGCCAGGCGUGGGAGAUUUUGCUGUGAGUGACGUCAGUUUCCUCCCAGACCCCUGUGCUCUUCCUGAACAGCAAAAGAAGCGUUGUUUAAAUGAGAAGGAGAAGUUGGUUUAUGCACCUCUUUCUGGAGUUGGGGGUGUGCUAUAUGACAAAGACGCUGUUUAUGUUGACCUUGGUGGCAGCCACGGAUUCCAGGGAUUGGAGGAGACAGGGCCUACACAUGAACUGGUCCAGAGUCUCAUUUCCACCCAUGCCACCAUUGAUGCCAAGAUGGCUUCCAGCAGAGUGGCACUUUUUACUGAUUCCAAACCUCUAGAGUCAGAAGAAGUAGAUAACCAAGGGCUGUGGAUGCCCAAAGAGGAGAAGCAAAUGGAUAUGAAAACUGGUCGAGUACGUCGGAAAGCUGUUUUUGGAGAUGAAGAUGAGUCUGGAGACAGUGACGGAGAUGAUGAAGAGAUGUCUGAAGGUGACAAGUCAGAAAAUAGUGAUGAUGAAGCAGAAGAGGAGGAGGAAGAUGCCGCUGGAACAACCCAAGACAAAUAUGUGAUGAUGAGGGGCAUCAAGCGCCAAAAGCUGGAAGAAGACAGCGAGGUGGAUUUGCCAGCAUUUGCUGACAGUGAUGAUGAUCUUGAGCAGAGCUCAGGGGGCGAAGGAGAAGCUGAGGAAGCUGAUGAAAGCAGUGAAGAAGAUUCUGUUGUAGAAGGAGGGAGGAGCAUUUUGGAAUCGAAGACAGUUGGAGAAGGUAGUAAGGAAGGACUAUCUGCAGCUAACCACCAAAAUGACAAUCUGAAUCUGGGGAAAAAGGCAGCCAUUACUACCUCUGAUUCUGGUCACUGCACAGCGGAAGAGGCACUGGCAUCUGAAGAUGAAUCAGAAGAAAGCUCUUCGUUCAGUUCAGAUGAUGAGGAUGCAGAAAGCACAGAGAUUGGUAGGGAAAAGCUUGUAAAGCCUUCUCAUAUGGGCAGUGUGCAGGAACUCGGGUCGGAGAAUUUAAUUGAUGAAACCAGUGAUAUUGAAGAUUUACUCAAAGAGGAAGAAGAAUAUAAAGAAGAAAACAGCUGUCCCACAGAAACUUCUGGUGCCCUCAAGUGGAAGGAAGACCUUUCCAGGAAGGCAGCAGAGGCUUUCCUGAGGCAGCAGCAGGCAACUCCAAACCUUCGAAAGCUUGUAUAUGGGACAGUGACAGAGAACAGUGAAGAGGAAGAUGGAGAUACAGGAGAAGAACUUGGAGGACUCUUCCGAAUCAGCCAGCCUGACAGAGGCUGUAAACAUAAGGCCGACUCCUUGGACUGCUCCAAAUUUCUUGUGGAGGCACCACAUGAUUGGGACUUAGAGGAGGUUAUGAACAGUAUCAGAGAUUGCUUCGUCACUGGGAAGUGGGAAGAUGAUAAAGACGCAGCCAAGAUCUUAGCCGAAGAUGAGGAGCUCUACGGUGACUUUGAAGACCUAGAAACAGGGCACGUGCACAAGGGAAAACCAGGCCAGGAUUCUCAGAUUGAAGAUGAAGAGGAAGAAGUUAAAGAAGAAACUGAUCCUAAUGAGGAGGAAAGCGCCAAGAAAAAACACUUGGAUAAGAAGAGAAAAUUAAAGGAGAUGUUUGAUGCUGAAUACGAUGAAGGAGAGAGCACAUACUUCGAUGAUCUCAAAGGAGAAAUGCAGAAGCAAGCACAGCUUAACCGAGCAGAAUUUGAAGAUCAAGAUGAUGAAGCUAGAGUCCAGUAUGAAGGUUUUCGACCUGGGAUGUAUGUCCGAAUUGAGAUUGAAAACGUUCCCUGUGAAUUCGUGUUGAACUUUGACCCCCACUACCCAAUGAUUCUGGGUGGUUUGGGCAAUAGCGAGGGCAAUGUGGGGUAUGUGCAGAUGCGUCUGAAGAAGCAUCGUUGGUAUAAAAAAAUCCUCAAGUCCAGAGAUCCAAUCAUUUUCUCCAUAGGCUGGAGGAGGUUUCAGACCAUCCCACUGUAUUAUAUUGAAGACCACAAUGGAAGGCAAAGGCUUCUAAAAUAUACCCCACAGCACAUGCAUUGUGGAGCAACCUUUUGGGGUCCUAUCACCCCACAGGGAACUGGAUUCUUAGCAAUACAGUCUGUCAGUGGCAUAAUGCCUGAUUUCCGGAUCGCUGCCACUGGAGUUGUCCUUGAUCUGGAUAAAUCCAUAAAAAUUGUGAAGAAAUUAAAGCUUACUGGUUUCCCAUUCAAAAUUUUCAAGAAUACUUCUUUUAUUAAGGGAAUGUUUAAUUCUGCCUUAGAAGUUGCCAAGUUUGAAGGGGCUAUGAUUCGAACUGUCAGUGGAAUAAGGGGGCAGAUCAAGAAAGCACUCCGGGCUCCAGAAGGAGCUUUCCGGGCCACCUUUGAGGACAAAUUGCUGAUGAGUGAUAUCGUCUUCAUGCGAACGUGGUACCCAGUCUCCAUUCCCGCCUUCUAUAACCCAGUAACGUCCUUGUUGAAACCUGUGGGUGAGAAAGACACCUGGUCAGGAAUGAGGACAACAGGCCAACUCAGGCUCGACCAUGGCAUCAAACUAAAGCCGAACAAGGACUCACUGUAUAAGCCGGUCCUGAGGCAAAAGAAGCAUUUUAAUUCACUACACAUUCCAAAAGCUUUGCAGAAGGCUUUACCAUUUAAGAACAAGCCCAAGACCCAAGCGAAGGCAGGCAAGGUGCCAAGGGACAGGCAGAGACCAGCUGUCAUCCGCGAACCCCAUGAGAGAAAGAUCCUGGCUCUGCUGGACGCCCUGAGCACUGUGCACAGUCAGAAGAUGAAGAAGGCCAAGGCACAGAGGCACGUGCACAACCAGGAGCACGCAAAGCUGAAGCAGAAGGAGGAAGAGGAGAAGCUCAAGCGGCAGAAGGACCUCAGGAAGAAGCUCUUCCGGAUUCAAGGACAGAAGGAGAGAAGAAAUCAGAAGUCUAGUCUGAAAGGAGCUGAGAGCAAUUUACCUAAGUGAGCCCUUAGGCCUCUGUGACCAUCCCUGAGAGGUGGAUGGUCUCCAGUGUCAUGGUGCUGAUGUCUGCCAUGCUGGGACGAGGACCCGAGAGAGAACUCUCAGCUGGACCCAUCACCCAGACUGCACCAAGGGGAGGAGCCCUGGAGAAGGCAGAGCUGGUGGCACUGAGCGGUUCGGAGCAGUGCAACUUUGGGUUAUAUGAAUUGUCUCACGUUCUUUCCCCUGUCUGUGGAAUUAUUUUGUGCUAUAAAAAUGCUAUUAAAUAUUUUUCUGUUAA